AUGGCAGUAGCCCGGAUCCACGAGAAGAUCUUGGGCAGACUCGCAAGGCAAGCAGCGUCCACCAACGUUCUUCUAUCGAACUCAAUCUACCAGGUUCUUGGUCUGUCAAUCCUCCUCCAGUACAGCCUCGGAGCAGCUCGACGCCAACGGCAACUGGGCACCACCCGCGAUGCGAAUUCGAUCAAGCUGGAUCAUCAUAUCAUCUGGCUUGCUAACGAAGGACUGGCUAUCACUGAGGUCAACAUUCUCCCAUAUUGUCAAAAUGGCGAGCAAGGACCGGAGUGUCGCGUCAUGGCAGCAAAGCUACGUGCAGACUUCUACCAAAUCUUCUGCUUGUACCACAACGAUCCUCCGGUCAGCCAGAUCAGCCCUCGCUCGCAAAACUCCGGCAGCUCGCAGACCAGCGCGUUCUCGCCGCCGGUACCAGACGGUCAGAAUCAACGGUCGCCAGGUACACCGUCCCGUACCAACGGAAGAAGUAGGAAAGCCGGCAAGGCGGCGUUGCGAGACCCCAUCCCUUCAAUGCACUCAGACACGUCGUACGUCACCAAUCCGUACGCUGGUCUUCCGUCGCAAACACCUCCGCCGAAAGGCCCGCCACCUCCUAUCCCGUCAGAGCCACGACGAACGCCGAAACGACCUCCAGGAUUAGCGCCAAUUGAUGCCCCAGAAUAUCAGACGACAGCGCCGUUCCUAGCUCCGCCUUCGAACUUCGUGCCAGAUGCGAUCAGCCAUUUCAAGACCGCACAACAUCUAGCCACUACUCUGCUGCCUCCGGUGCACGCCCUUCGCCUGUCAGUCGCACUAGACUACGCUGUGUUUCUUUGGGACUGUGCAAAGGACAGGCAUCGGUCGGAGAAACUGGCUCGGAGAGCAAUGAAAGUGGUAUACGCGUCGAGUGAAGGAUUGAGCGACGAAGAGUUUGAGGAUGCGCAGAUACUGGUGCGGUCACUGGGUGGUAUAGUACGACGCGGCACAAGCGAAUCGACACCGAGACCAAGUCAAGAGCGUCUGUCGAAUGCUGGCCAACCCACGAGCAGAAAGCCGCAGAUCGACCGGACAAUCGCUGUGAGCCCACCUCAGCAACCGAACCGCAACCAGUCGCCGGUACAGGCGCGAUCGAUCAUGCGCACUCCAGAGCGACUAUCCACCGUCCCGGAAGUCGAGUCGUUUGAGGGGAAUGGCGAGCGCACUGCCUCGGCCGCGACAAGUCCACCCAUCUCACGAGUCAGUAGCAGGAGUAGGCAGCGUCGAGGUUCAUCCACAGCGUCGGACAAGGCCAGCAAACGCCGGGCAGCGGAGCAAGCAGAAGAGCUACACAGAAAGAGGAGCGCGGGCAACAGGAGCGCCGCCAGCGGAAGCUCGCACAGCCGGCAGCCGACGCCGCAAGAAGGUGCCAUGGCGUCUGCGCCCGUCCCCGUCGCGAUGCCGUCGCAGCCGCAGCGAGCUGCUCAGCCCCCUUCUGGUCGUAGCAAGGAGGGUGCUUCUGCACAAGAGCGUAACAUUGCCAUUUUGAGUGCGCUGGACAUCAUCACUUCGGUGACCCAGGCAAUAGGCGAGAUUGCGUUCUCGGAGUGGCACCAGCAGAGUUUGCUUCGUGGUUUCACUCUCACUUGA